GCAUAUUUUCAUACCAGGUCUUCAGCACCCCCGUGGUACCCCCUACACAGACGAAGAUGGUCAAGGUGCUCCCAGUGGAAACAGGGGCCUUUGGAUGUCCGCAGACGACGCUUCGUUUGUGACCCCCCCACGCGUCUUAGAGGAGUCUGCUGACCGACAAGCGGUCACCGCGGGGGACCGAGGCCGAGGGCAGCACAAAAUGGUGGACGAGGGAGGAGGAGCAGCUUGUCUGUACGUCUCCUGGUACGUCUGUCAGGCUCUGCAGGUGGACGUGAGGCGACUCAAUGUGACUCUGUUGCACUCGUUCCGAGAGGGUGUUGCCGCAGCUUUGGACAUCUUGCCCCGACACGUGCAUAUCAAUCGCCUCAAUGAGAGGAAGAAUGGCAUUGAGCUGUACGUGUUGUCUGACCGCGUGGGAGCUACCGAGCCCGUCUCAUCAGAGGAAGUGAUCCGCUCACUCAACAUCAACAUCCUCCACCGAAACCUGGAGCCUUUCGGCAUCACCGAGGUCUCCUCUGAGAAGAAUGUACUCCAGGGACAGCGCGAGAGGGACGAUGUGUGGACCAAGGAAGGCUUCUACGCUGUGGUCAUCUUCCUCACGAUCUUCAUCAUCAUUGUCACCUGUUUGAUGGUUCUGUACAGGUUAAAGGAGAAGGUUGAAUAUUCCGACCGGCAGUUCAAGGAGCCGCCCCCGCCCAGCGUUCACUUGGCCCCCGUCCCCGUGCACCCAGCACCCCCGCGCCCCCUCCAGCCGCCUCCCCCUGCCCACCACCUCACCAGCGGCAGCAGCAUGGUUCAGGCCGAGGCGGUCCCUAAACCUAUAAGCACCGCCCCGCCGCCGUCCUGCGUCCCGCCCGCUGAGGUCAAGCCCUGCCUCUCGACAAACCCCUCCCCCUUCAGGAUGAAGCCUGCAGCCGGUCUCCAGGAGAGGAGAGGCUCGAACGUGUCCCUGGUGUUGGACAUGAGCUCUCUGGGCGCGGUGGAGCCGCUCAACUGCGGCGUGAACACGCCCCGCGAGAGCGCCGCCCAGGAGUACCUGCAGUCGGCCGGACGCACGCUCACGCGCCCGCAGCUCCGCAACACCGUGCUGAACAUGCCCACGCUGCACGCCGAGUUCGCCGAGAUCCCCAUGAACUUUGUGGAUCCGAAAGACUUGGACAUCCCCAGCCACGGCACCAAGAACCGAUACAAGACCAUUUUGCCAAACCCACAUUCCAGGGUGAUCCUGAAGGCCAAGAACUCUUACGAUCCACUCGGCAGCUACAUCAAUGCCAACUUCAUCAGGGGUUACCUCGGAGAUGAGAAAGCGUACAUCGCCACCCAAGGUCCGAUGAUCAACACGGUGAACGACUUCUGGCAGAUGGCCUGGCAAGAGGACUGCCCCGUCAUUGUCAUGAUCACCAAACUCAAGGAGAAAAACGAGAAAUGUGUGCUGUACUGGCCGGAGAGGAGAGGCAUCUACGGCAAAACGGAGGUGCUGGUUAACAGUGUCCGGGAAAGUGACCAUUACACCGUGCGCAGCCUCACGCUGAAGCAAGCAGGGCAGAGUCGCUCGUUGGAGCACUACUGGUACACGUCGUGGCCUGACCACAAGACCCCCGACAGCGCCCAGCCCCUGCUGCAGCUCAUGGCGGACGUGGAGGAGGACCGGUUGGCCAGCGGCACCCGAGGCCCCGUUAUCGUCCACUGCAGCGCUGGUAUUGGUCGCACGGGAUGCUUCAUUGCCACAACCAUUGGCUGUCGUCAACUGCAAAUGGAGGGCAGUGUGGAUGUCUUGGGGAUCGUGUGCCAACUCCGAUCAGACAGGGGUGGCAUGAUUCAGACAGGGGAGCAGUACGAGUUUGUCCACCACGCCCUGUGCCUGUACGAGAGCCGCCUGUCCGCCGACGCAGGCCAAUGAAAGGGCAACCCCCCACCUCCUUCACAGGAAGUCUUUGCUCCUAUGCGCCAUGUUGACCUGGAAGUUGAAAACCUCAAUGGGGGCGGUCACCAUUUUUGAUGCGACCCCUGGAAGAGAACCUUAGCGGUCUGUUCAGGGAGGACAGAAAGAGAGUUUUCGGAGCAAUCUUUUCUGGCGGCGGCAGUGUGAAGUUUUUUUUUUCUGGGUGGGGUGUUUCUGGACCCAGUGCUGUGUGUUGUAGAAAAAGACAGUGGAGAAGCAGAAGGGAGAGAUUCCGUCAGACUGAUUGACUCUUUCAUAUUAUUAUUUUUUUCAUGUGGCUGAAUGUAACGUAUCAAUCUCGUCUCUGCAACUCUCUCUCUCUCUCUCUCUCUCUCUCUCUUGUCGCCAGCAGCUCCUCCUCUUGCCUCUGAGAUCUUUUUGUGCGCAACCUGCCUUCAGUCCUGUCUGACCUCAACUGCACGGCAACAAGCUGUGUACUUUGAGCCAGACCUUCUGGUUGACAUUCUUUUCACGGACGAGACAUGGUUCAUGGUUUUGUCAAGUGGUAUUUUUAUGCAGAACCGUAGUGUGUCUGUGUGUGUGUGUGUGUGUGGGGGGGGGGGGGUCUCCUCAAAUUAGUCCCUACACUGCUGGUCUCCAUCUUAAGACUGUUAACAAAUAUGAUGUGGGAUGGAGACUGUGUAUGUGGUCGACUCAUUACAAUACAAUUCUGUUGCCAUAUUCUUUUAGGAAAAAGCCAAUUUCAUUUCAUGGAGAGUCUGAGCCACGAGUGAGCUAGACACUUUGUUGGACCAACGAGACACACUGCACGCUUGGAAAUUUCACAGUGUUAUUCGGUUUGAGCCAGAGUUUGCCAAUCCCAAUUUUAUGUUCCCAAUUUCAUGAUGUUUCGCUCAAGGCCUCACCUUAGAAGCAGUGGUGAUGUUGAUAAUGGAUGGUGGAUGCAGACGAAAACACUUUAAAAACAC